CUAAAACAAAAACAAGAAAAAAGAAAGAAAAAGAGAGAAAGUUAGAAGUGAGAGAAGGUCCACCUAACUAACCCUCAGGCCCCAGCUAGCCAGCCAACCCGACUUGAACGUUGAUGCCCCCUCUCUCCGUUCCCCAAUUCCAUCGUUCAAAUCGUCGUUGGCUCUGCUCAAUCCCUAUUGUUGAAUUAACUCUCUCAGCUCUAGAGAGAGAGAGAGAGAGAGAGAGAGCGCCAUGAUAACGCGAUCGAAUCUGGCGGAGCAGUUGAGGGAGUACCAGAUUCGAUCCAAGCACGACUGGGCCUCCGUCUCCUUCUUCUCCUCCACCACUAACCUCCCUUCUUCAAGGGUGGAUGUUGUGAUCUUUGUAAUAUGGGAACUUGUUAUUCUAGCGUUCCUGGUUUUUUCAGCAGUUUCUCUAUAUUUUAGGCAUAUGCAACUCGCAUUCAUUCUAGUAUGCAUCACAAUGCUAUUACUUUUAUGUAUGAAAGUUACAAAGCAAGUGAGAUUGGCCAGGAAAAAGAAGCGAAGGAUGCUUCUUCCAUUGUCAAUGUAAAACUAUAUGUAGUCGCAAUCCUUUUUUAGGGCAACCCAACUUUGUUGUAUUAUUUUCUUGACCAUUGCUGGUCCAGCUUCUUUUUGGUUAUUGGAUGAUGUAUUCGCUCCUAAAGAAAGUUGAUCAAGAAUAUAAUGAUGUGUUACUUCCACAAUUCAAAUCCAGAUUUAUCUGGUGCCCUGUAUCAGUUCUUUUCGUCAGAUAGAAAGUUGAGGUGUUAUGAUUUAAUAAGAGUUCUAGUUGUAGUUACAACUUCUUUCUGCUAUUUUUUGCUGUAGACUGUAUACACGGUGUAGUCAAAGCAGUUACUUCGUAAAGUUCAUUCAUUUUCCCUGUUGAGUAACACUAUUGAAGUUCCAUACCCAUAUGUAAUGAGACGACUGCUUGUUUUAUAAGAUAAUUGUAUUCGAGGUGGUUGUACCUUA